AUGGACUUCCGAGAAAGGUCAUACUCGAGGGGGGCUGAUGACAAACAGCUCAAGCCUACAACACGCAUCAACGAUGAAACAUGGGAAAGAUUCAAGCCUUUUCUUUGUGGCUUGUACAAGAAGUAUACUUUGAGUAUCGUCAUGGACAUCAUGGAGAAGAAAUACGGCAUUAUCCAAAGCAAGCGACAAUAUGGCUAUCGUUUCGAAAAAUGGGGGAUAAAGAAGUACAACGCUAGCGACAAGAAAGGUCCCAUCAUGUCAUUAUCCCCUGGUGACCUCAACGAGUCGAUCGACUUUCAGGAUCUCGAGUUUGAUUCGGAAUCUCAGCCUUUCGAUCGGCACAUGUUACUGGAUCUCACCGAUCCCGAUGCCCUGAUGACCACGCCUGGUUCAGACGCUAUGGAUUAUGAUGGAUCAUCGGACAGCAAAGAGCUUCUCAUUCAGUACCCAUGGUCAACUGGAUCGAUUGAAGAGUCAAGGAAGCUUGCUGCUGACUUCUGCGCCGCCAUGCUCGAUGACUCGAACGCAUUCAACUUAUACUUAAAUCUUCACCAAUCUGUAGCCAACAGCGAACAAUCUCUCCGAGAGACUCGAGAGUUUCUUGUUAUCUCUUGUGCUCGAGUUGCCGGCAAGCCAGACAAUGCUUUCAGUGCCAGAGAACUUCUUGCAAAAGAGUGGCCAUAUGAGUUUUCCAAGCCUCCGUUCCUCCUGUCAAUGCUCAAAGCAUACGUGGGAAGCCACCAAGAAGACUCUGAUAAGUCACAUUAUAUCCAACAAGUUACCCGCAAUGUCGAGCAAAUACUCGCCAGCGAUCAGUCACUCCCAGAGAUGACGCACAAUUAUUCAUCAAUCGAUCUUGUGACAUUUUUCUUUCUCAGCUAUGCUUUCGAGAUCUACGACGAACGGUUUGACCAUUCCAACCCGCCGGAGUUUAUGACAGAGAAUCUUUUGCAUGAGUUCAUCAAGAAGCAGCCUUUCAUUAAAACACUUCGCCACGACCGUCCCUCUCCACUACGCUGUUGUCUUGAGUGGUGCGAAGAACAGCUGCGACUGAAUCACCCUGUAGCUUUGCAGGAUUCCCCUGUCAACCCCAGUGCAGAUAUGCGUUCCUGGUGGCACAACAUCCGAGUCUUCUGUACACUGUGGGGGGUUAUGGUGCAGCUGGUGCGGGCAAAUCGUGCCCCUGACUGGUAUGGUCAGUGUGAAUCUGCCUUUGGCAUAAGCCCUUCUGAGCUCCUCGUGACAUUAUCAUGGAUGAUACGUGCCGAAACGAAUGCCGACGAUGUCAUUCAAGGAGACGAUGAACUUCUCAAGCAUGCGGCAGAUGGAGCAAGCAAUCUUCUUGACUUGGACGAGCCCAAGCUGUGGAUCAACUUCUUCUACAAGUUUGCUUGGAUGAACGAGUUGGUGAGCCCGGGUGAAGACGAGAAAUCCUUCGAGACUCUUGUCCAAGACCAACUUCGCAAGUAUGUCUCUGAUGUACUCAGAAUUCAGCUUCCACAUCAACCAAGUAACCAGCCCGCCGCCGUCGCCAAUAUGAACAUGUACAACUUUACCUCGCCAGGGUUUACUGGUUUUGAUAUGAACCCUCAAAUUGCAGAGUUUUACAGCUAG